AUUCGAUCGUUACGCUACAAGUGGUCAAUUUUGGAAAUAGUGUAUUACGCAAAAUUCGUGUUUAUAAAUAAGAAAAAGCCGGCAUUGUUGUGAUAAAUUAGUGUAUAUAAGAGAGAGUUUUUUUUUUUUAUCAAAAAUGUUGGAAGAAUUUUUUGAAAAAUUUCAUUUCGAUGAUCUACAGAGAAUAUUGAAUGAUCCUGGGAAUGAUAUUCAUCAUUCUAUACAUGUAAAUUUUAUUGAUCUAAUAAAAGAGAAUCCUGAUGUCGGAAGAAAAGUAUUACAUUUUCCUAGACGUUAUUUACCAAAGUGUAAUACUUCUAUUAUAUCAGCGCAAAAAAAAUUAGCUACCGACAAACAAACAGUAAAAUUAAGAGUUCAUAUGAGGCUUAUUGGUAUUCCGGUAAAAGAACAUUUAGGAGAAAUUGGCGAAUUAGUGUCUAUAGUUGGAAUAGUUGUUAGAAUGUCUCAACCAUUAGUUAUGAAAUUAUCAAAGCAGUAUUAUUGUCGAAAAUGCAAACACACGAGUAUAGUAAAUAUGGCAUGGGAGAGAAAUAAAAUUCCAAUAAUAAAAGAAUGUGAAGCUUGUAAAUCAAUGAAUAUUGAGCGAAUUACUAAUGUACGACCAGAAGAUUGUACAGAUCAUCAGGAAGUUAAAGUGCAGGACAAAUGUCAAGCAGAUUCGAACAGCAGUAGUGUAACCGGUUGGCAGGUUGUUUUACUAGAUGAUCUAGUCGAUAAAUGUAAACCUGGCGAUCAAGUUGAAAUAAAUGGUGUUUUUAUAAAACGAUGGAUAACAUCAGAAACUGAAAAGGCGAUGGCAUCAACGUUUAUGUUAGCAAAUAGUGUUUCUGUUCAUCGUAAAAUAUCUGAAUUGACAUUUUCCACAAAAGAAAUGAAAGAAGUAUUUAAUAAUUAUUGGGAAUCACAUAUUAAAAAUCCUCUUAUUGGAAGGGACAAAAUUCUCGCUUCAAUUUGUCCACAAAUUUAUGGUAUGUAUAUUUUAAAAUUGGCAUUGGCCGUUGUUCUUGCUGGAGGUGUAACAAAAAGUAAUGCUUCAGGGAUAAAUGUUAGAGGUGAACCACAUUUAUUAAUGGUUGGUGAUCCAGGAACUGGAAAGUCACAAAUUCUUCGUACAGCUACACGAUUGGUUAUUCCUUCUAUUCGUACAACUGGAAUUGGAUCAACUUCAGCUGGACUUACAGCAGCAGCUGUUAAAGAUUCAGAUGGUUGGCAUUUAGAGGCAGGUGCUUUAGUAUUGGCAGACGGUGGAAUUUGUUGUAUUGAUGAAUUUGCAACAAUGAGUGCACACGAUAGAGCAUGUGUUCAUGAAGCAAUGGAACAACAAACAAUAUCAAUUGCAAAAGCUGGAAUGGUCAGUACAUUAAAUUCACGAUGCAGUGUAAUUGCCGCAAUUAAUCCAGAAGGUGGUCAAUUUUUGAAUGAUGAUGAAUAUAAAACACGACUUGGAAAUCCAUUAAUUUCUCGUUUUGACAUUAUACUUCUAUUGAGAGAUACAAAAAGUUUAUCAAUGGAUAAUAUGAGUUCAAAACAUAUUUUAAAAGUUUAUAACAAUUCAAUUGAUGAUACAGCCAAAAGAAACUCGAGUGAAGGUGUAGAAUCGACAAAUAUGUGGAAGGAAGAUGAUAUUCGAGAAUAUUUAGCGCAUAUUCAUUCUUUAAAUCCAGUGAUGACAGAAGAGGCUGAAAAAGUUUUAGAAGCCGUAUUUGUACAUCAUAGACAUGAUCCAAACAGAGGAAAUGAACGAAAAACUGUUCGAAUGAUGGAAAGUUUAAUGAGAUUAGCAGAAGGACAUGCGCGUCUUAUGUACAGAUCUGAAGUUCUUGUUAUGGAUGCAGUUAUUGCUGCUCAAUUAGUUGGUUCAACUUCGGGAAUAAGUAAAGAAGUUGGUUCUCCUUUUCCUUUGGAUCCAAUGGCAAAUUAUUAUGAAGAAGGACUGGAACUUCUGAAUAAUAUUGGUUUAAGUGAAUUACAAUCAUUUCUAUAAUUAUUGAAUUAUUUUUACGAUGAAAAGAAGAAGAAAAAUUAACAGAGAAUCAAAGACUUUUUUUCUAAAAUAUAUAUAUAUAUAUAAAUAGUCGGAGACAAUGUAUAUAUAUAGAAGGUAACAAUAUAGGCCUAUUAGCAUUAAUAUAUAUAAUAUAUUCAUAAAUAAACACACAAUCAUGUCACACAAAUAUUAAAUAAUUUUGAUUCACAUUCAAUGGCUUUUAUAACGUCAAAAUUAUAACAUAUAUUUAGAUGUAUUUUUUUUAUCAUUAUUAUUACAAUUUUAAAUAUAUAGUAACAUUUUCAUUUUAUAAUAAAUAUUAUAUUUUUAUAUGUGAA